AUGGUGACCAUCGCCGUUGGUAUUGAGGAACGGCCCGCUUCUGCACCGAAAGAUGGUGUGUGGGUGUCCGACUUCAAGAUUGCCAAUAACCCAAGCUUCAGCGAGGGGAUCACGGCGGUCUCAUCCCUAGUCUUUGCAUACUCGGGCACGCCCGGGUUCUUUAAUAUCGUGUCGGAGAUGCGCGAUCCUCGUCAUUAUACUCGCGCCCUGCUCAUCUGUCAGGCGGGAGUAACCGCGGUUUACACUACGAUCGGCUGCGUAGUCUACUAUUACUGCGGGUCGUAUGUGGCUUCUCCAGCUCUUGGUUCUGCCGGGCCGACUAUGAAGAAGAUAUCCUAUGGCUUUGCCUUGCCGGGGUUGCUAGUCACCACUACCCUGGUCACCCACAUCCCGGCAAAAUAUAUCUUCAUCCGCAUCCUACGAGGUUCUAGGCAUCUGACGGCCAACACGCUGACCCACUGGGUAACAUGGCUCGGCUGUACCUUUGGCAUCACCCUAAUUGCCUAUAUCAUUGCCAGCGCGAUCCCUGUCUUCAAUAGCCUCGUCUCGCUUAUCGGUGCCUUACUAGGAACUCUCAUGUCGUUCCAGCCCAUGGGUUGCAUGUGGCUGUAUGACAAUUGGAGCAAAGGUAAACAAGAAAGGUCACUCCGGUGGAUGUUGAUGGUCUGCUGGAGUGUCUUUGUGGUCGUUAUUGGAACCUUCCUUACGGUUGCUGGUACGUAUGGAUGCAUUGUGAGCGUGAUUGAUACCUACAAUGCAUCCGGUGGGUCAGCCGCUUGGUCGUGCGCUGACAACUCGAACUCAACGUGA